GGUGGAGACCGGUCAGUGUCGAUCGGAGCAUCGUCGAGGCAACAGGCGAGCGAGCGAGCGAGCAAGCGAGAGAGAUUCAACGAGCAGUUAGCACCGACCGGAAUUGUGCGACAGGAUGAAGGCAUUCGUUCUACUCGUCGCGACGUGCCUCGUCGCGUGCGCCUACGCUGUUCCGAGUGGGCGACGCGAUUCUUCUGAGGAUAACUUCGAUGACUACAUCGAUGAUGGGUGGCCGUAUUUCAGAGAAACUCUAAAUGCACUCAGGGAGCAAAUGUUACAAUGGUUCUGGAAUGUUCCCGAUUUCACAAACAUGCCGAUUCCCGAAGGAGCGAACACAACUUCCACCGUUAAGGUCGUUGACGGCCACAUGGUAACGAUCAAUGAAACGACGUACUCGUCGGGAGACAAGAACGGUGGUACUGCGUUCCGCAUCCGCAUCAUCGACGUGAAGCCGCUGAAUGACACGCUGCCGCCGGUCGGCAGUGACGCGAACACGACGCCGGGAACAACCUCGCCGCAGAAUCCGGAGAGCGCCGAGACGGUCGAGGACUUUAAUAACGAGAUAUCGAAGAACGGAGGGGACACGUUGAACGCUUAAAAAAAACGAGGAGAAGAACGGAAAGAAGGAAAGGCGAAGCUCUCGUGUUGGCGAAUCGUAGUCGACCCCUCAUCGCGAUCCUCAACGGCUGUAGUAGAGAACUUCGGUGCGACACGAGAGAGCGCGUUGCGUUAAAGUAAUAACAUUAUUGUAAUAUAUAUAUAGUUGCGUUUCCUUUUUUCGUUGUUUUUUUCUAUCGCUUCUUGCGUAUAUCGAUAUAUUACUGUUGAUCGGUUUACGGCGUUUAUUCGCGUCCUGGAAGAUUCCCGUCGCUGGCAGGAUAAGCCGGGACGCUCGUGAGGAUGUACAAGCAAUACGUAUAUAUGUAUACAUACA